AUGGACCGCGAGUUCAAGCUGUUUUAUGAGACACUAGACAAAGGCAAGUUCAAGUUUUUUGCAAGGGGGGAGGCAUACAGCGUGUUCAAUGAGGACAUAGAGAUGAUUCCCCGGUACAAUGCAAAGGAUGUGGUCGAGAAAAAGGAAGGAAGGGAGCUAAGGAUUUCCAAAGGGGAAAUCGAGGAUGUUAUCAGAAUGCUUCUGACGGAGGCUAAGAUCGGGGUUCAGGAGUACGAUGGGCAGACUCUUCUAAGGGAGGGGUUUCCAGGGAACUGGAAGGACUUCACGGAUCUACUGCUAGACUCCAGGAGCGUCCCAUCGGUUGCAGCCGUAAAGAUAGGAGAUGCUGUAGAAAUAAGCUUUCUUGUCACAUCUGAAUCCACAAUCUACACAUCAACCUUCGAGGAUGAUGAAAUAUUUAGUAGCCUAUACUGGAUCUUAAACGAAGUGAAUGUUGUUGAAGUGGUGUAUGAUAACAGGAGGCUGGAUGAUUUUCUAAACAGGCUAGGGAUCUCCAGCUGCCUGAGAAGAAGUGAGAAGAACACUGCAAAGCUCCUGUGCAGAUACCUUAGGAUAUCCGAGGAAAAUUAUGAGCACAAGGAAUACAUCAGGCCGUUUGUGUGCCGUGUAGAUAGAAAUGUUCUUCUUGCACUGAACGUGUAUAGCAAAGAUGAGCAUUGUGUAUCCAAAACCUUCUGUUGCCAUACAAACCAGGGAUGGCGGCUUCUUCAUAAAAUGUUUCUACAGCCACUUCGUAGCAAAGAAGAAAUAGAAAAGAGGCUGGGCAUUACCGACUCAUUGAAGACACUCAAUCUUGAUGUUCUGAAAAAAUUUCCAGAUCUUCUAAGAUUGUCAAGGAGAGUAAGUGGAGGCAGGGUGUCUUUGAGAGAGAUUCUUAGGCUGAUUCAGACUGUAGAUACCAUUCCCGAGCUUCUGUCUUCCUUUUCAUCCUCCAUACCUCUUACCAGAGAUGUUGCAGACCCUCUCAAGAAGAUUUUUUCGGCAUUUGAGCCGGUCAAGGCUGAGGUCGCAAGAGUAGUUGAUCUUGAGGCUGCAGAAGAGAAUGUGUACAGGAUUAUGCCCGACGUGUCCCCAAGGCUUCUCAAACUCAAUGAAGCCCUGAAGAAAGUUGACGAGGAAAUGGGUGAUGAGUAUGAGAGGGUGUGCGAGACCUUCCCAAAGCUUAGGAUAGACAGGGCCUCAGGGGUUUUCAAGACCACAAAAACAGAGUACCAGAAGAGUCAGAAUCUUUUUAAGAAGGAGGGCUUUGUCGAGUUAAGCUUUGGCAAAGGUGGUGUUUCACUUACAACAAGGGUGCUUUCCUCCUUGAAUGAAAGAAAGAUAUCUCUUAGAAAGGAAGUAGAGGAUGAAGAGAAGGACAUUGUAGACACGAUAAAGGCCAUGCUAAAGAGCUAUGUGUCCCACAUCGAGUCCUUGAACUACCUGACAGCAUUGAUCGAUGUGUUCAAUGCGUUUUCCCUUAAGGCCACUCUCAAGGGGUACUCGAGGCCUGUGUUCAGCGAUGGCACAUUUGAAAUAAGGAACGGAUUCCACCCGGUGCUUGAAGAUCAGGACUACAUUCCUAAUUCGAUAAGAAUGGACGACAAGAGAAUGUGCGUGGUGACAGGGCCGAAUAUGGGGGGAAAGAGCACCUUUCUCAAGACUUGUGGGGUAAUUGCUCUUCUUGCACACAUGGGGUGUUAUGUUCCUGCGGAGUAUGCUAGGAUUCCAAUUCUUGAUGGGAUAUAUGUUAGGAUCGGCGCCACAGAUUGCUCAUUCCUGGGAUCAUCCACAUUCAUGAUGGAGAUGGCCGACAUAGCGAGGAUAUGCCAUCUAAGCUCUCCAGAGUCCUUGAUAAUAAUAGACGAGCUUGGGAGAGGAACCAGUGCAAUCGAUGGACUAAGCAUAGCACAAGCAGUCAAGGAACACCUUGUCUUCAAGAAAAGCCUGUGCCUCUGCGCCACACACUUUCCAGAGCUCUGCGGUGAAGAUGUUCUAAACAAGAAGGUUAGGAACGAAGGAACGCUCCUUAUGUACGAAUUGGUCGACGGUGUUUGCGACACGAGUUUCGGCAUAAUGGUUGCAGAGAAGGUAGGGUUCCCCACACAGGUGAUCCAAAUGGCCAAAGAGUACAUGAAAAAUGAUUUAUGA